GUGCCUAAGAUUAUAAAUGAUGUGCAUUGUUUGUAAAUGUUCAAUGCUUGGGUGACGGAAAGAAUGGCUCAGAAAACUGCUAAUAUACAGAGUGCUUCUAACCUCUGAUUCAAAUCCAGGUCCAGGCAGUAGUGGCUGCAAGUUAUCACCCAUCUGAGGGUUCUGUGCUGUGUAAAAUGAGCUAGCAUCAGUCCAAUUUCUAGUGAGAGUUCACAUAAAAUCACCAGUUAUUACUGCCUGGCACUCUUCUUGGCAUUUUAAACAGCAAGGUGGAGGACUAAGUGGGCACAGAAACUUAAAUUGGCUGUUGCAGCUAGAGCUAGUCCAUCCAUAUUAGCAUUUGAGACACUAGCAGGGCCACAUAAAGGCACUUCCAUACUAGCAGAAUCAUGAGUAUUAACCCCCCUCUCCCCCGCCCCCAAAUCCCAGUAACAUGUAGCCACUAACCAAUGAAAGGUUAACACCAGUGGGCUGACAGUACAAGUAAUCAAAGUUCAGGAACUACUGUUCCUCUUCCCCCCCAACCCCGACACACACAGUACCCAAACUGGUGACAAUGAUGCACUUGACAUCCAUUGAGAAGAAACAGUUGCAGUUCCUUGUUGCAAGGGUUCCUAUUGCCUACCACUUCAGAUAGCAGCAGCGGCGGAAGCAUUGCUCCUUGAUUGCUUGCCUGCCUGCCUGUCUGCCUUCCCUCACAAGACAUCAGCAGGUGAAGUGAAUUUUUAGGGAGAUAAACAGAGGUCCCUACUGCGAAGGCGUGAGGAUAUUUUGAAUCCCAAAGACUAAUCUUUGUUCAGAUGCAAAGACCGCUUCAAGCAGAAUCGAUUCUCUUAAGGCUUGAAUGGGCCUUACCAGGAAAGAAGAGUGUGUAUGCGCUUGUCUCUUAGUAGUGGAUUAGCUGUCACUAAUUUUACUGUGUAUUUCAAGUGUUCAAGAUAAGACUCUGCAGUAUUAUGAUCUAUAGCAGGUCUGAUUAGUAAAUGAGUCCCAAAUUUAAAAAAAGGCUACCUUCCUCAUACUAGACUAGAAUUGAGGCUUUCAAAAUGAGUUAAUUUACACAUACUGAAUUCUAGUUAGAACUUGUCUAUAAUACUUGGUAUAAGUUAUAUAAACUCAUUUAGCACAAUUAAUAGGUAAUAGUUGCCCACUUAGAGUUGCACUUGCUGGUAAGGAUGCUGCAAUUCUGUGUUAGGGUUCCCUGGUUCUCGCCUCAGCUCCACCCUGACCCUAGGAUUCCCUGGUUCUCGCCUCAGCUCCACCCUGACCCUACUCUAGGAACUGUUCACAAAUUAGGGAUAGCCAGUGGGAUACACACCAUCUGUAUGGCUACUGGGAAUCCUCCUGAGAGGAUAUCCAGGCAGUUUCUAUUCCUCAAGUAAUGGAAAGGAGUGGAGAAGGGUUGAGAAUCUGGCCCAAUGUUGAGAUUUUGGGAUUAGCACACCAAAGUGGCAAUUUAAAGAUUACUCAAAGCAAGAUCUAUCUUGUGACACUACCAUAAAAUCAAUCUAGUUGCAGAUACCAACAUCAUAUAGCCUCUUGUUCAAAUAUAUUGAGAUUUCUGUAUUUAACAAUGAAAAUCUAACUGAAGUGCUAACUAGUUUUUACUCUGUUAAAUAUUUGGGUGUAAAAUUCAAUUAAAUGAAAAGUGCAUUCAUUAUAGCAAAUUGCUAUAGCAUAUGGAUCCAAGGGCUAUAACUAAAAUAUGUUGCUGAUUACUUUCUAAGAUAGCUCAAUUGUAUCUAAUACAUUGAAAUGUUCUAGCCCAUAAUUCUAAUAUUUGUUGCCAUUAUAGCUACAGUGUGGGUGGAAAAAGCUAAACCAGAAAAGAGCAGAUCUAAGUGUAAGCUACUUUGCAUAUUGUCAAUUGACUAUAAAUUACACCAGUCUUUGACUCAACAAAACAGCAUUGGAACUACAUAGUUCAGACAUUUUGAGCAGCCUGAAAAUUCUGUUUCCUUGGAUUACUUGAGAAUUUUCUCCAUCUCAAAACAGGUUAAACACAAAACUCAAUGGAUAGUAAAAGCUACUGUAACUUCAUGGACAAGUUGUCCAUCUACGACUCACAACAUGUACAACUGACUAGGCCUUUCGGUGGGGACCCUUUUGUCACGUUUCAUGUGUACCCUGAGACACCUACCCAGUUCACUUGCUCUGAGGAUUUGCCACUACUUCCUUUUACAUCUGAGGAGUUGAUCACACAGAACUUCUAUACUGAUCCUUGCAACUUUCCUUACCAAGCGGCCCAGGCUAAUUAUGGCAGAGGUGACUAUUCUUAUGGACCAGCUUUCAUCAGAAAGAGGAAUGAAAGGGAAAGGCAGAGGGUUAAGUGUGUCAACGAAGGAUACGCCAAACUCCGACGUCACCUGCCUGAGGAAUACUUAGAGAAACGGCUCAGCAAAGUAGAAACACUUCGAGCUGCAAUAAAAUACAUUCACCAUCUACAAUCUGUUCUGUACAGUGAUUCUGCAGUGACAGAGAAGAAUAACCUGGAACUGGGCCAUACUUCCAAGGCAAUUGCCAGAGAGAUCCAGUUUUGAGGACUAUCUGAACUGCUCCAGGGAAGAAAAAUAAUCACAGCUGAGGCUAACAACAAUCACAUUAUUGGUGACACAAAUAUUUCUGUGAAACUGCCACAUUUUAUGAACUGUACAAGGCACACAUCUCUACCAGUCUACUGGGGAAAGAGUUUAAAUUAACCUACAGGGGAUUACACUGAGAUGAGAAAUACUAAUCUACAGGAAAAUUAAAUGUAAACUCUUUUAGUUAAUUCAUGGAAAUUAGAAAAAAAUCCUUUAACUUUGUUAGUUGGAAACCGAAAGUAUGACUAUAUAUCAUUUUUCAGAAAGGAGCAAAUGUAUACGCCAUCUCAGUCUGCACAUUUUAAAUAAAGUGUA